GACAAUUGAAUUAGUACUACAUUUUUAUAGACCAAAAUAAAUUGUUUACCUAAAAUAAAAAUAUUUUGUUUCUCUCUCUUCCAUUGUACAUGCAUCACUCCAUGGGCGACAACCUCAACAAUCUCUCUACAUAAUCAAACAAACUACAAUGAACUCUUCAAACCCACUUUCACAUUCACAUUCUCAUCACUCUCUUUUUCUCUCACCAUUAUGGCUUCUUCUUCUUCUUGCACCUCCCUCUCUCUCGCCAACCCCCAUCUCACACCCACCACCACCACCACCACCACCCGUCUCUCCUCUCUCCCAUCAACAAUCUCCCUCACCCGUUCACCAGCCCCUACUCGUCUCUCUCUCUCUCAAUCCCAAACCCAUCUUCGCCACAUCACAAUCCCCCAUGCAUCAUCCACCCCUGCCGUAACACCAACAACUGAAACAACAACCCUUGUUGAGAAAUCAGUCAACACGAUCCGAUUUCUAGCGAUUGAUUCAGUUGAAAAAGCUAAUUCGGGUCAUCCUGGUUUACCUAUGGGUUGUGCUCCAAUGGGUCAUGUUCUUUAUGAUGAAGUUAUGAGAUAUAAUCCUAAAAACCCUUUUUGGUUUAAUCGUGAUCGCUUUGUUUUGUCUGCUGGUCAUGGUUGUAUGCUUCAGUAUGCUUUGCUUCAUCUUGCUGGUUAUGAUAGUGUUAAGGAACAAGAUUUGAAGGAAUUUCGUCAAUGGGGAAGUAGAACUCCUGGACACCCCGAGAAUUUCGAGACUCCUGGAAUUGAAGUUACAACAGGUCCUCUUGGUCAGGGUAUUGCCAAUGCUGUUGGUUUAGCCCUUGCAGAGAAGCACUUGGCUGCAAGAUUUAACAAGCCCGACAAUGAGAUCAUUGAUCAUUACACGUAUUGUAUAUUGGGCGAUGGUUGUCAAAUGGAGGGAAUUGCAAAUGAAGCUGCCUCACUUGCAGGACACUGGGGACUAGGGAAGCUAAUUGCGUUUUAUGAUGACAACCACAUUUCUAUUGAUGGUGACACGGAAAUUGCGUUCACUGAGAGUGUUGAAAAACGUUUUGAGGGACUCGGGUGGCAUGUUAUUUGGGUACAGAAUGGAAACACUGGCUUUGAUGAGAUUCGUGCUGCCAUUAAGGAAGCAAAAGCUGUCAAAGACAGACCUACAUUGAUCAAGUUCACAACAACCAUAGGUUAUGGUUCUCCAAAUAAAUCAAACUCCUACAGUGUGCAUGGAAGUGCACUUGGUGCCAAAGAAGUUGAUGCCACAAGAAACAAUCUUGGAUGGCCAUAUGAGCCUUUCCACGUGCCCGAGGAUGUUAAAAAGCAUUGGAGUCGCCACAUUCCCGAGGGUGCUGCACUUGAAUCUGAGUGGAAUGCUAAGUUUGCUGCAUACGAAAAGAAGUACAAGGAGGAAGCUACAGUAUUGAAAUCUAUUAUCAGUGGUGAAUUACCCUCUGGCUGGGAGAAAGCACUUCCGACUUACACUCCAGAGAUCCCAGCUGAUGCCACGAGAAAUCUGUCCCAGACAAACCUUAAUGCCCUUGCGAAGGUUCUUCCCGGUCUUCUCGGUGGCAGUGCAGAUCUUGCUUCUUCCAAUAUGACCUUGCUGAAAGCGUUUGGAAACUUCCAAAGUGGAACUCCAGAAGAGCGUAAUGUUAGAUUCGGUGUUAGAGAACAUGGAAUGGGAGCAAUCUGCAACGGCAUUGCUCUUCACAGCCCAGGACUGAUUCCAUAUUGUGCAACCUUCUUUGUUUUCACCGACUACAUGCGCGGUGCCAUAAGGCUUUCUGCCCUAUCCGAAGCUGGUGUUAUAUAUGUCAUGACUCACGAUUCAAUAGGACUCGGAGAGGAUGGGCCAACCCACCAGCCUAUAGAGCACCUGGCAAGCUUCCGGGCAAUGCCAAAUAUCUUGAUGCUCCGUCCCGCCGACGGUAACGAAACUGCUGGAGCAUACAAAGUUGCCGUGCUCAACAGAAAGAGACCCUCUAUCCUCGCCCUUUCUAGACAAAAAUUGCCAAACCUUCCCGGAACUUCUAUUGAAGGAGUUGGAAAGGGUGGAUACAUCGUCUCAGACAACUCAACAGGAAACAAACCUGAUGUCAUUUUGAUCGGAACCGGUUCUGAAUUGGAAAUUGCUUACUAUGCUGCCGAAGAUCUAAGAAAAGAAGGAAAGGCUGUUAGAGUUGUUUCCUUUGUUUCUUGGGAACUUUUCGAUGAACAAUCAGACGCUUACAAGGAGAGUGUUCUCCCUGGUGCUGUUUCGGCUAGAGUCAGCAUUGAGGCCGGAUCAACAUUCGGAUGGGAGAAAAUUGUUGGAAGCAAAGGUAAAGCAAUCGGAAUCGACCGUUUCGGAGCUAGUGCUCCUGCAGGAAGAAUAUACAAAGAGUUUGGCAUCACUAAAGAAGCUGUUAUUGCUGCAGCAAAAGAGCUUAUUUAGAACUAUUAGUUUCUGUUUAUUUAAUAAUUUUCUCUCUUUCUUUUCUUCUUGUUUUAGUUUUGAUAUAUCUACACAAAGAAGGAUGUUUUAGUAGCAUUGUGUUGUUGCUUGAAUAAGAAAAAGGUUAGAAGAUUAUUGUUGCCUGGGAUUGUGAGUGAAGUUAAGCAACACAGAUCAAAGAGUACACUAAUAAAUUUUUAUGAACUUGUAAACUUUUCAACCAAUUGAAUUUUGUAUUGCCACAUUGUUAAAUUCAAUUAUUUUCAUGAGUUUUCAUCUAUAUAAA